UUUCUUUGUUUCAGCUUUGUUUGUCAUCAUUUGAAUUUGAAACAUAUGUUUAUAUUUCAUUUUGUUUCUAUUGUAUCAAACAAAAAAAUCUAUGGACAAUUUGGAAAGAGCAAAAGAUGAAAACCUGAUCAAAUCAAGACAACAAGAACAAGUUGUCAAUGAAGAAAAUUUGUCCAUCAAUGACAAUAAAACGAACAAUGAUUAUGGAACUGAUAUAAACCAUAACUCAAAUAAUAAUGUUAAAAAAAAAUACGAAGAAGUUGCAUUGAUCGGUUCUGGAGCCUAUGGAACCGUUUAUAAAGCAACCGAUCGUCAUAAUGAGGGUCAAUUUGUUGCUUUGAAAAAAAUUCGUAUCCCAAUGACCGAAAUUGGUGUACCAGUAAGCAUUCUUCGUGAAAUUUCCGUACUUAAACAAUUGCAAACUUUUGAUCAUCCUAAUGUUGUCAAACUUUUAGACAUUUGCCAUGGCCAUAAUUUCGAACUUGAAAAACAAUUCAUACUGUUUCUGGUAUUCGAACAUAUUGAACAAGAUCUAUCAUCCUAUCUACACAGAUGUCCUGCUCCUGGUCUUAGUAUGGACAAAAUUAAAGAUCUAAUGUUUCAGAUUAUGACUGGUGUCGAUUUUCUUCAUUCGAAUCGAAUUGUUCAUCGUGACCUAAAACCAGCCAACAUAUUGAUCACUAAUCGUGGUCAGGUUAAACUGGCCGAUUUUGGUUUAGCAAGGAUCUACAAACAAGCACAACAAUUGACAGCAGUGGUUGUCACACUUUGGUAUCGUGCUCCAGAAGUUUUACUUAAUACAAGCUAUAGUACAUCGGUCGAUAUUUGGAGCUGUGGCUGUAUAUUUGCUGAACUUUAUAAUAAAAAACCAUUGUUCUGUGGACAAUCAGAGAAUGAUCAAUUGUGUAAAAUUUUCGACACCAUUGGUGCACCGGAUCAAAACGAAUGGCCAAAUGAUCUAUUGAUACCAUGGAAUAAUUUUGCCAAUUUUAAACGACAAAAUCUGGAUAACAUUAUCAAAGACGUUUGUUCUGAUGGCAAAGAUUUGUUCAAAGAAAUGCUCAUCUUUAGUCCUUCAAAACGUAUUGGUGCCCGUCAAGCAUUGAAUCAUGAUUAUUUCAAAGACCUAAGGCUGCCAUAAUAGAAUUGCCAUUUCAUCUUUUCUUUUUAAUUAUUAAUAACGAAAAAAAAAUGUUUUACAAAAUCUAUCAUUUUA